UGCCCAUACGUGUGUGCGUGUGGAGGAAGUGAGUCUCUGGUGCUGCGUUCAGGUGCGUUUCACCCUCAGAGGUGGACACUCCUGAACUCGGGACGAUGGAUUAAAUCAAAUCCUCAGGUUUUCAUUUAGAAUCAAACAUCGAGGAAAAGUGACUGACGACUUGUAAUGACUUUCACCUUUUCUAAUACCCUCCCCCCAGUUUUCUUAUCUCGUCUUCCCUCUCCAUGAACUAAACCAUCUGUCACCCCUUCAACUAGUUCUUCUUCUCUCCAUUUUCCUGUUCUUCCUCUCCUCUCCUCUCCUCUCCUCUCCUCUCAUCUCAUCUUCUCUCCUCUCCUCUCCUCUCCUGUCAUGUCUGUAUCCAUGAGGAACCCACCCCAGCGCCGGCGCUCUCUGGGUCCCGUCUCACCCAAACGUUUAUACAGAAACCUGUCUGUCAGACUGAGGGGAGGAGAGUCAUCUGUUGCUGGGGAAGUGGACACACCCAGGCACCUCAGCAAGUGUGCAGAUGCUUACAAGACCCUUUGGGAGGCUGUGGAAAAUGAGGACACUUUGGCUGUACAAAGCCUGCUAUCCAGAGACCACACCAGCUGUGGAGGAAGAGGAGGAGGAGGAGGAAGCUUGUGGGAGAGGGGAGAGAGGAAAGAAAGGGACUGGGAGAGAGAGAGGGUGAAGGGGGUGAACAGGAUGAGCGAGCAGGGCCUGGUCCCCCUCGACGUAGCGGCCCUUACGCACAACUCCCCUCUGCUCCAUGUGCUGACAAAGGGUGGAGCCAGGCACAACCCCAUUUUGUGCCGACCAGCAGAAUGGGCACUUAAGCUGGAUGCUCUGGUGGCACUGGCAGGUAAUCGGGUGGAGGAGCGGAAGAAGGAGUUGGUGAGGAGGACCAGUGCCGCGCCUCAGGCGCAAGCUGACGUCCAGAGACACGUCCGCCUCUGGAGCCUCAGGCUGCAGCUGUACUGCCGGAUGAGAGAGAAUUUCCAAAACACAGAGCUCCCCGGCCCUCCCAGUCACGUAUCCAUCGUGGUGACCAGCACGUCCUCGCUGUUUGUGACCAUCAAAGAGCCGGAGGGUGACACCAUGGGGCUCAUCACACGCUACAGAGUGGAAUGGAGCACCUCAGCCAGCUUCAAGCGCAUCCUUUGCUCAGCCCAAGUUACGGAGACCAAGAAUCCCUCCUAUAGUAUCAAGGGACUCCUAGCAGGAGUGCAUUACUUUGUAAGAGUGAGUGCCCACAAUGUGAAAGGAUGGGGUCCGCCUCAGUGCUCUACUCCAGUCAGCGCUGCCCCCUCCAGCUGGAGGGAGUGCACUGGUGUGAAGUCACAGUUAAGAAACCACGAGGGCCUAGUGAGGAAACUGCUGGAAGAUGCCAAAGAGCCACAAUACAGAGGAUACUGCAUAGAGAGUUCGAAGCCCCAGAGUCCCAGCAAGCGUCUGUCUGUGUCUCGAGGCAUCAAACAACUAUUCCAGUCUGCCACCAAGUUUGUUCGCCUCCUACAAAGGGGCGUGUAUUUGGCAACUGUGUUCUACCACAAGGAAAACAUCCUGGUGACAGCUGAAGAUCAAAUCCCGCUGGUGGAGAUCCAGUGCUGCUCCACCUCCAUCACCCACGACUUCCUGUGGUUUGCUAAGUUGUCCUGUGCGUGGCAACAAGUGCCCUGGCUCCAGCAGGCUCUUUUCUCUGCACACUCAUCCUCCUCCUCCCUCCUCCAGAACAGGCACAACAUUUUAAGAGCUGUUUCCCAGCUGCAGUCUUCCCUGGGAACGAUGGACCUGGGCCAGGUGCACUACGAACCAGUCAAAGACCGACAGGGCAACGUACUCCUGGUGACUCUGAAAGAGUUCCCCAGUCUUCCCAGCCCUCCUGACCCUCCGCUCCACUGGAUGCCCUUGACCCGUCUGGAAAAGAACCGCAGCAGAACUCCUCUCCUGCCUGAGCCCACCGCCAUGGACAUGCUCUUUGAACAGCUCAGGGAGAAGCUGUCCCUCCACAGGCACAGCAUUCAGUGGGCACAGCCGGGUCUGUACGUGGGCAUUCUGAAACUGUGCAGCUCAGUAGAACAGAUCCGAGUCCUGGUGCCUCAGAGGCUGCCCAAUCUGCUCUGCCACACACGGGUCCGACACAACGCCCACGUGUCCAGAGACGAGUGGGCGUGGCUCCAGAGUCAUGUUUACACCACGACCAAUGGCAGCAAUCAGAACCUGUUGAGCGGCGAAGACGAAAGCUUGAUGGAGAACAGCGGGCUGGUGGAGUUUGUCCGGUCCCUGAGAGCAGCCAUCACACAUCUCCUGACGAAGCUCAACAUCCCCCUCUACAGGGCGUACCAGUACGGCGUGUACACUCGCGAGCUGCUGCAGUUUGGAGACAAACUGUCCGUGCUGCUGCUGCUGCCUCCCAGUGAGGACUUCAGCUCCAGCUACUGGCCUCUGGUGGGCACCAAGGAGCCCGGCCUCACCAUGCCUCUGCAGAUCUUUGAGCUCGUUCACUUCUGGACGUACGAACGCGACUUCCUGUCCCAGUACUGCCAGGCCUGGGUGAGGCUGGAGCUGGACACACAUCUGGCCCAGCAGGCUCUGCGGGAGGCGCUGGACACCAAGGAGGUGCAGGAGGCCCGAGAGAGGCUGAACCGCAUCACCGAGCUUUCCCAUCGUCUGGAUGUGGUGUGGAGAGACGCCCGCUGGAUCAUGGACUGUCUACAGUGCGUUCGGUCCAAGCAGUGGGUGGGGGCAGUGCCUCUGGGUCUGGUGAUGGGCGGAGACCCACCGCCACGUCCUGAUGAUGAGGAAGAGGAGGAGAGUUUGACCACCAGACUGACGUGGCCCAAUCGGAUGCAAGUGCAGAGAGCCAACACAGAGAGUUUAGUGUGUUCGACUCCACCCAAUGUCGUCACUGCCGAGGUCUCCCCUCCGGCAGGAAUCAUGGUCGCUCCUGGAGAAUUCACCACACUGGCGUCAACGGAGGGCGUGGCAAAGGGAGGUUACCCUGUGGACAUCACCGCCCAGUCAACUGUGGACUUGACAAGCAUUGGCCCGUCUGAAAUAUGUGCAACCACUUUAAUCGAAUCUGGACUAGAGCCUGGUGCCGUCGCACAGAUGGACGUAGGGUUCACAGUUCUGGACGCGCAGGAGGCCUACAACAAUGAACAGGAUUUUCCUUCCAGCAUCACUGAGGUAAUCCGACCGAUGGAGAUGGCGGAGUUAGUGGACAUCCUGCCAACGCUGAGUCUUAUCGAGGAGGAGACGCCCAGUGGUCCGCCCACACCAUCAGUCAUGGACAUGCUGGAGAGCUUUGGGCUGGGGAUCGAUGAAAACAACACGCUGUUCAACUUGGGUCACUCCUGCUUGAUCAGUGGAGAUGGGAGUCUCUCACAACACAACCUGCACUGUAACAACAGCAGCAGGAGUGAGACACACAGUAAGAAUAUGGCGUCACAAGGACAAGACGCGUUGGCUUCUCACGCCAUGUUCAGCGCCACCGGUGGUGACGUGCCUGUUUCGAGCUGGGACUUUUCUCCAGAGCAUUCAGAGACGCAGAAGGUUCCCAGCGAGGUAGCGAGCUUUCCAGUGAGAAACCAGGUGGAGUGGGACAGACCCUCCAACAGUUCAUCCUGAUAUCGACUCAUCAAACAGAACUACUUAGAACUUGUGUGAUUUUGAAACCACAGUGGGCUGCACGCCAAUGGUUCAUAGAGAAAAGUUUUAGGUUUGGAAAUGACUUUGGAUCAGUUACAGUUUUCCUUGAUUGCUGAGGCCCCUUUAGGCUACAUCCAUACUACAAGGUUUUCUUUUGAGCACCCUGCUACAGUUACACCUGGCGUCCACACUACUCCGGAGGUUAAGAGCCUCCAAAACAGAGAAGUUUGGAAACACUGCUGCAACCUUUUUAGUUUAAAUGCUCUGAGGCUGCGUAAGAGAGGGCAGAAACAAAGAUGUUUCUACGAUGACGUAGACGUAUCUGCUGAUUGGGUCUUUUCAGUCAUUUCAUCCAUACUGCUACUAUAAAUAAAACGUGGUAGUGUGGCUGUAGCCGUAAUGAACGUGGGAUUGACUUGAUCCUCAUCACCUUCCUAGCUCAGCAGAAGUUUUCUUUUUACACUUUUUUUUAUUGGGUUCGAACAUUUUUUGCACCCUCUUUCAAAACACUUAACACAGAUCUCAUGCAAAGACCCAAAACAUCUUUGUUUACCUGAGCUAAACAAAAGGAAAACAUCUGUUCACAGCUGUAUGAAUCUCUAAUGGAACUGUGUGAGGCUCCUUUGCACAAAUCUUCAGUCAGUCUGUAUCCACCUGUUUUAAAAGAUGCCACGUCUGUGUUGCUCUUCGCAAACAUGGAUCAAAAUGAAUUAAUGCAGCACAAAAGCUGAACCAUAUUCAAAGUCCACAAUUAUUUAACCUACAUCAUGUAUACAGUCUUUUCUAGAUUAGGGAUCCUACACAGGGAUUCAGUGACCUCCAGGGGUCCUCAGAGGUACUGUCCAAUCAAUUCAUCAUUCCUAAUUAAUUCAUCAAAAUAUAAAAAUAAAAUAAAAAACAUAAAAUGAAUCAAACAUUCGCAAAAAUUAAUUUUCUUUGAAAACUAUAAUUUACACAACUUGACGAGAGACUACACGUUAAUACUUUUUCAUGUGCAGGCAGACUCAAUCCUGCACAUAAACAUGACGAUGAACUAGUGAGUUACGUAAUACAGUAACGUUAGAUAGAUUUUUUUAUUAUGCAUGUAGUAGGGGGUCCCUGCUCUGUCCCUCUGUCAGUAAAGAUGUCCCUGGCCUGAAAAACGUUGAAGACUCCUGGUGUGGAAGCUCAAAGACAGUUCAUGGACACAUAAUGACCUGCGGACAAGAUUGAAAUAAAUAAAACUUAAUAAUAAAACUAUACUGUUUUCAAGAGAUGCUCUCAAAACUGUGUAGAACAUGCAGCUACAGAGCAGCAGGGUUACAUCUGAAGUCAUAUAAUAUGUCUCUUGUGCUUCUUUGGCUCAAGCUAUGAUGGUGAAACAUGGAACAGACGUGUAGCACAAAUGAGUCUGAACUGCUUCAUGUUGAUGCUGUGUUUUGUAUUUUGUUGUUCACUGUGUAACAAUCGAUUGAAGGGAAAUAUUCAUUUGACCACAAGUUGUGAUGUUUGAUAUUUGCUUUUGUUGCAGGUGGUUCCUGUUUUGUGAGUUUCUGAGCAUGUGUCACGUGUUUGGACAGUGUGCUUGUGUUUCUCUGUGUGUAACCGUCUUGAUAAAGGGUUUGAGUGGACACAACCUCAGCUAAGUCAUCGUCACUGAUCUGAAAAUGGACGUGGACAGUUAGAAAAGAAAGGCACCAUUACUCCACUAAUAAUAUUAUAUGUGGUCUGGACCUGUAGCUGAUCUAUUCUAAUGUUCAGUCCAGUAGAGCUUUAUAAUGGCAGUUCUAUCACUUGAAGAUCCAUCACACUCACUACAGCAUGGAGCACAUUGCUGCAUUUUGGGGCUGGUAAUAAAGAAUAACUGAA